AUGGGUCACCACACCCGCCGGGAGUCCUACCCCUCCACCACCUCUUCCCGCUUGGACUACCACCUCCAUGGCCAGCGCCGCCUUGACGCCGCCGCUCUCUCCUGGCCCGUCGGCAAGCUCCACGGCCUCGAUGACGACCAAGUGAGGGAGACGGCGUACGAGAUAUUCUUCACGUCGUGCCGAUCCUCGCCGGGGUUCGGGGGGCGCCAUGCCCUCACUUUUUAUUCGAACCAUGAGAACAACGGCGGCGGAGGAGAAGGGGGGAAGCCGACCCAGGUGGUGACGAAGCCGACGAGCAGGGUGAAGAAGAUGUUGGGGCUGAGGAUGCUGAAGAGGAGUUCUUCCCGGAGAAUGGUCGGCAGUGGCGGUUCCUCCACGCCCACCUCUCCUGUCGGUGCACCCGGUAGCCCUCUCUCAAACACCGUGCCGCCGUUCAGGCCAAGGCGGCCCAUGACAGCGGCGGAGAUCAUGAGGCAGCAGAUGAGGGUCACGGAGCACGACGAUCAUAGGUUGAGGAAAACCCUCAUGAGGACCCUCGUGGGGCAAAUGGGAAGGCGAGCAGAAACUAUUAUCCUCCCCUUGGAACUGAUACGUCACCUAAAGCCAUCAGAAUUUAGUGAUUCCCAUGAAUACCAUAUGUGGCAAAUUCGGCAGCUCAAAGUCCUUGAAGCAGGGCUCCUCCUCCACCCAUCAAUCCCCCUAGAAAAGACCAACACAUUUGCCAAACGCCUCAGGGACAUCGUAACUAGUGCGGAGUCCAAACCCAUUGACGCUGGCAAGAACUCAGACACCAUUAGACUCCUUUGCAAUUCUGUGGUUUCCUUGUCAUGGAGGACCGACAAUGGUACUCCUGCUGAUGUUUGCCACUGGGCUGAUGGAUUCCCUUUCAACAUUCACCUCUAUACAUCUCUUCUUCAAUCCAUUUUUGAUAUCAGGGAUGAAACACUAGUGCUAGAUGAGGUUGAUGAGCUACUUGAGCUGAUGAAGAAAACAUGGUCUACGUUGGGGAUCUCCUUGCCAAUUCACAAUGUAUGCUUCACUUGGGUGCUGUUUAAACAGUACGUAAGCACUGGGCAGAUUGAACCUGACCUACUUUGUGCCUCACAUGCCAUGUUGAAUGAGGUCGCAAUUGAUGCUAAGAGAGAAAAAGAAUCUUCGUAUGUUAAGAUACUAUCAUCAGUGAUGAACUCAAUGCAGGACUGGGCAGAGAAGAGAUUGCUUAACUACCAUGAGUAUUUCCAACGAGGGAAUGCUGGUCAAAUCGAAAACCUUCUUCCUGUGGUGUUGACAGCCUCUAAGAUUUUAGGUGAAGAUCUGACAUUAACAGACGGGGAAAGGGGAGAGAAAGGAGGCAUAGCCAUAGUGGAUUCCAGAGACCGGAUUGAUAAUUACAUUCGUUCUUCCAUGACACAUGCUUUUGAUAAGGUAUUAGAGACAGUAAAUUCCAAGUAUGCUGAAUCUGAAAGAAGGAAAGAAUUGGGUGAACUUCUGCUCCAACUGGUUCAAGAGACUGAAGCGUUGAUGCUGAAGGAAAGACAUCAUUUUUGUCCAAUUCUACAGAAAUGGCAUUCAACAGCAGGUGCAGUUGCUGCAAUGGUGCUGCACACCUGCUAUGGUAAAAUGCUGAAACAGUAUGUAAAUGAAGUGACCUCACUAACAGCUGAGUCAGUUCAGGUGUUGCAGAAGUCUGGAAAGCUAGAAAAGGUAAUUGUACAAACGAUGGUUGAAGACUCUAGCGAGUGCGACGAUGGUGGCAAAACAGUAAUCAGAGAAAUGGCUCCUUAUGAUGUUGAUUCAGUCAUAUUGAGUCUUCUAGGAAAAUGGAUAGAUGAUUCAUUGCUCAAAGCCAAAGAAUUUUUGCAGACGACAAAAGAAACUGAAACAUGGACUGCGAAGUCCAAAUCAGAGUCAUAUGCACAAUCAGCUGCGGAGCUAAUGAAAUUGGCCUCGACAAUUGUGGAAGAAUUCUUCAAAGUUCCAAUAGCAAUUACACAAGAUUUAGUUCAAGAUCUUGCUGACGGAUUGGAAAAUCUCUUCCUGGACUACAUGAAGUUUGUUGCAGCAUGUGGUUCGAAACAAAGUUACAUUCCCAUGCUUCCCCCGCUGACCAGAUGCAGCAGUGAAUCGACAUUCACGAAGUUUUGGAAGAGAGCUGCUCCAUGCUCAGGCGGUUUUGACACUCAUCUACAACACAUUAAUGAAAGACAUGAAGGUCAUAAUCCUCGACCAUCAACUAGCCGUGGAACACAACGCCUCUACAUUCGUCUUAACACCUUGCAUUAUCUCCUUUCUCAAAUUCAUUCCCUUGAGAGAACAAUCACGAUGAACCCUGGAGUUGUUCCUUCAAAUCGCCUUCGCUUUGCAAGCAACCGCAAGAGUUGUUGUUCAUACUUUGAAACAGUGAACUCAUCCAUUCAAGGAGCCUGUCAACAUGUCUCAGAGGUUGCUGCAUACCGUCUUAUAUUUCAUGACUCAACCUCUGCGAUGUAUGAUAGCCUCUACGUUGGUGGUGUUGCUAGAGGUCAAAUAAGAGCCACACUGAGAAUUCUCAAGCAGAAUCUCACAUUAAUGACUUCAAUUGUCACAGAUAGAGCACAACCAUUGGCAUUAAAGGACGUGAUGAAGGCCUCAUAUGAUGCAUUCCUUAUGGUUUUGCUUUCUGGUGGGAGCUCACGGUUGUUCAACCGGUGUGACAAUGACAUCAUCCGAGAGGACUUCGAGAAUUUGAAGAGAGUUUUCAGCAACAAUGUGGAGGGGUUGAUAGCAGAGAAUGUAGUGGAUGGAGAGGCUGCAGUGGUGGAGGGAGUGAUUGCAUUGAUGGGUCAAAGUAGUGAACAAUUGAUUGAAGAUUUCAGCAUUAUGAGCUGUGAGUCAAGUGGGAUAGGUUUGAUGGGUAAUGGACAGAAGUUGCCAAUGCCUCCUACUACAGGAAAGUGGAAUAGAUCAGACCCCAACACAAUAUUGAGGGUGUUGUGCCAUAGAAAUGACCGAGCAGCAAAUCUUUUCUUGAAGAAAACAUUCCAAUUAGCAAAGAGGAAAUAA